AUGACUCCAAUCUGGACAACACUGGCCCUCUGCCUCUCCCAAAUCAUCACCACCCAAGCCGCCACAGUUUCCAUCCCAAACAAACCUCCCCACGGGACCAGCAAAAUCAUAGACCAUGGCUUCGCAGGCGUCGCCAUGAAAAGCUUCAGCUGGCCCAACUACACGGACGCGUUUUCGCAAAACCUUUACAACGCAAUAUCCACACGCACGGGAACAGAUCUCAUCAUCCGCGUUGGCGGAACAGGAAUGGACCACACAAUCUACGACUUGAACCAAAAAGAAGCAAUAUUCCUUCCUAAAGGCAUGAGCAACGGCCUCAAGUCCAACUCUACCCUUGGGACCGCAUGGUUCGACACCUUCGCCAAGCUCAAGAAUGUGCGCUUCAUUAUCCAAUUCGGCUUUGCGCGUGACCACGGCAACAACAUCACUGAAGCGGUGGGAUACGUCAAACACGCGAUUGACAGGAUGGGUGGUUGUGAUUCCGGUAAACUCGUAGCAGUCGAGUUGGGCAACGAGCCGAAUUUGUAUGUCCGCCAAAAGGCACGGAAUGAGAGCUACACCGUCGAUGGAUACAUUCACGAGGCGAAGAGAUUCAUGGACGCGCUUCAAGGGAACAUUAGUUGCUUGAGGGAGGGGAGAAAGUUUCAGGUCUGGCAGAAGAGUUCUACGAAUGAAGUAGCUGCUUGGUCUACAGAGGCAUUCAUGGACAAGGCUUCCAAGAUUCUAGACUUUAGCAAGAUCAAAACCGUCUCUCAGCAUUUCUACGCCACACAAGACAGCAACAACCUCGAGAAAACUCUCCUCAAUCACACAUUCACCACCUCCCGAACAGACGGCUUCUUCAAACACCCCAAUUUCCUAGUCCAGAAUAAAUACAAGAACCUCGGCGCAGACUUCACAAUCGACGAAGUCGGCAACGCAGCCGUCAAGGGCUCAGACGAGCAAAUUCGCAUCCUCUCCAAAUCUUUAGGUUCCGCCGUUUGGACAGUAGACUGGAUGCUCUACGCCAUGAGCGCGAACAUCUCUGGCAUCAACAUGCAGCAGGGCGACCACAUGUCCUUUGCGGAAUGGACACCCACCGCUCUUCAGGCAAGCUGGUAUGGACACGUCUUCGUAGCAGACUUCAUUGGCAACAACACCAAGGACAACCUCCAAGUCAAGGAACUGUCAGAUUUGCCCAAGAAGACUGGGAACCCUCAUUUAGUCGGGUACGCUGGCUAUGAGCACGGCAAGUUGGCAAAGGUGGCGCUGGCAAAUCUCCAGUUCUGGAAAGGCUCGGCAGAUGGCAAACGGCCAAACGCAACAGUUCAACUAGAUCUUGCAGGCGUGCGAGAUGGCACUGAAGUUACGGUGCGCCGACUGACAGGGCCCAACUCAACGGCUUCGCAGAACAUUACAUGGGCGGGCCUGGACUGGCCGCACUCAAAGCAAGGGCAAGAGACAAUGGUUAGGAAUGACACGUUGAGAAAGAAGGUUCAUAACAGCACUAUUGAGAUCGCUAUGGGGGCCACGGAAGCCUUCCUACUCACUUGGUAG